AUGAAUGAGGUGCAAGUUAGAGAGAACUUGACCUAUGAGGAGACUGUUCAAUCUUUGCAAAGCUCUAUCCCUGCACCUCCUGCUCAUUUUAAACUGAGGGAUGAUCAUAUAUCAGGAAGUUCUUUAAAAGGUGAUGCCUGGGACUCUCCAGUUGGAAGUCCUGUGUCAUGGAAUUCACGUGUGCCUCAUCCUUUUUCAUACCCACAUGAGUCGUCUGACAUUGAUGCUUCUAUAGAUUCUCCAAUUGGAAGCCCUGCAUCUUGGAAUUCUCAUUCUCUUAACCAAGGUGACAAUGAUGCUGCCCGAAUGAGGAAAAAAUGGGGAAGUGCUCAAAAACCAUAUCUUGUUGCUAAUUCAUCCCAAAAUCAACCCCGCAAGGAUGUCACUAAAGGUUUCAAGCGAUUGCUUAAGUUUGGGAGAAAAACUCGUGGAUCAGAGAGUUUGGCUGAUUGGAUCUCUGCUACAACUUCUGAAGGAGAUGAUGACACUGAAGAUGGCCGAGAUCUGGCCAACCGGUCAUCAGAAGACUUGAGGAAGUCAAGAAUGGGAUUUUCUCAUGGCCAUCCUUCUGAUGACAGCUUCAAUGAAAGUGAGCUGUUUAAUGAACAGGUUCAAUCUUUGCAAAGCUCUAUCCCUGCACCUCCUGCUCAUUUUAAACUGAGGGAUGAUCAUAUAUCAGGAAGUUCUUUAAAAGGUGAUGCCUGGGUAACAUAACAUAUUCUAGGUCAUUUUUUAUUCAUUUUUGGUGUAGUUUCUUGUGUCAGGCUGAUGAAGUAGUUGUGUAAGUUGUGAGGAAUACUCAACAUGUAUCCUCCUUUGCAUUUCAUUGAUUUUGGUAGUUCAUUCUGGAUUAAGGGGUCAAUCUCUUGGAAUUGUUCACUGUGUCUUGAAAAGAAUGUAAUCUUGACUUGAGGAAAUUUUCUUAUGCUAUUGUUUUCUAAAGGCCUAUGAUAUGAAUUUCUUUUUAUUGAUUUCAAGAAUGAUAACCGUUUAUUUGCUACAUAUUUAGUAUCUUUUACACGAUAUUAUAGU